AUGGCCGCCGAGCUGGGUGAAUGGAACGCGAGCUCGCCGCGGCCCGGCUUGCGCUCGCCGAGCCUGCUGCUGAACGGCUCGAGUUCCGUCAACCUGCAGGGGAACUUCGAGAUCGACUUGGAGGACACCAACUGGAUACUGACCUCGUCCUUCAUCAUAUUCACUAUGCAGACUGGUUUCGGGAUGCUAGAGUCUGGGUGUGUGUCCAUUAAAAAUGAAGCCAACAUAAUGAUGAAGAAUCUAGCAGACAUCUCUCUUGGUGGCCUAACAUACUGGAUCUUCGGCUACGGAAUGUCAUUCGGGCAAGGUCCUUACUCGAACCCAGUGAUUGGAGUGGGCGACUUCCUGAUCGACCCACCGGUGGGAGAUUCUCUCAUGGGUCCCGUUUUCGCCUCCUUCCUCUUUCAACUGUCGUUCGCUACUACAGCUACUACUAUUGUCAGUGGUGCUAUGGCUGAAAGAUGCAACUUCAAAGCGUACUGCCUCUUCUCAUUCCUGAAUACCAUCGUCUACUGCGUGCCAGCGGGCUGGGUGUGGGGUUCCCACGGGUUCCUGAGUCGCCUAGGAGCUGUAGACAUAGCUGGCUCUGGACCUGUCCAUCUCAUUGGUGGAUCAUCAGCAUUCGCCUCAGCACUCAUGCUAGGCCCACGCCUAGGCCGCUAUGCUAAGGGCACAGCCCCGUUGCCGCUUGGUAACCCUGUCAACGCCGUCAUGGGCACCUUUGUACUGUGGUGGGGCUGGCUCGCUUUCAACUCUGGAAGCACUUAUGGUGUGAGCGGUGCAAAAUGGCAGUACGCAGCACGUGCUGCCGUCAUGACUAUGAUGGGGUCCUUUGGAGGAGGAUGUUUUGGACUACUGUUCUCCCUGAUUAAGAACAAGGGGAAGGCGGAUGUGAUGGAGUUGAUCAACAGUGUGCUUGGCUCCCUCGUGUCUGUCACUGCGGGUUGCUUCCUCUAUCGCGCCUGGGAGGCGAUCCUGAUUGGUCUAAUCGGCGCCGCUAUUGCAUGCGCCACCACGCCGCUAUUCGACAAACUACGAGUCGACGACCCAGUUGGAGCGUCUAGCGUCCAUGGAGCUUGUGGAUUUUGGGGCGUAUUGGCGGUGGGACUUUUUGCUGAUAACCCGAUACCACUGGACACCACCAACGGAAGAUCUGGAUUGUUCAAAGGUGGUGGCUGGUACCUCCUAGGUGUCCAGGCCCUCACUGGCGUCUGCCUCACAGCCUGGGGGGUCACAGUGACCAUGCUUCUCCUGUGGAUUAUAGACUGCAUCCUCCCAAUCCGAAUGGACCCGUAUGAAGAGCUGCUAGGAGCAGAUCUUACGGAACAUAGGAUCCGACACGGCCAGGUGGGGGUGUCUCGAGCCGUGUCAGCCCUGCGUCCCUACCACCGCUCCAGCAGCAUUGAAGAUGUGGGGGGCAUCGGCGUCAACACGGGGCACAGUCUAGUCGUCGACAAGCUUUAUGAGGCCCAGUUACAAAAGAAGAAAAACAAAUUCAGCGGACUACAAAUAUUCAAAAACAAGGCAUUUGAAGAAGACGAACCGAAAUCCAAGAUCAAAAACGAAGGUUUUCUAAACAGAAGAAACGGCGACCCUGAAAACGAGUUACACAGAGCUAUAGACUCUAUGGCCGAUGAACUAAAUGGCACAACUUGUAAAAAUAGAGAUAAAAUUAAUAAAAUAGUUCCAGAAGAGUUGAAAGGGAAGAAGUUUAAAGAGUUAUCUGUGACCGAGUUGGAGAGUUUAGGAGAAAUGAACGCGAAUGAAGAUAGAUUUAGACAUAGACUUAAUGAAGAUAAUUAUAAUGAUGAUGUUCAGAGGGCUAAUAUGUCUUGGAUAGAUUAAAAGCCUGAUAAUAUGGUCUCCAUUGCCGUCCAGCGGGGUAAUGCAGCGGGAAUAAUGGGGACUUUUGAGCCGGGUACGAUCCGGGGAGGAAUAUUUUAGUUUUAGUGUAGGACCUACCUUAUUUAUUUUGUAUAGAUUUAAUUUAUGUUACAUUUUAUAUCAUUGACACCAAUGAUAAUAUUGUCUUCGGUUAAUAGUGUGUGAACC